UGAUUAACGAUUAUUUAAUAUAGCUUGUUUAGCACUGUGCGACGGCAUAUUUCAUCCGACCAUGUGUCGCCUUGACGUGUUUUUAUCGCUUCUGUUGCUACAAGUUUCGAUUUGUGUUUGCGAUGACAUCGAGCAACCUAUAGUUCAGACACCACUCGGUACCGUCAAAGGGUCGUUCAAAAAAUCCUUCCUAGGUCGAGAUUUCGCAGCUUUUGAAGGCAUUCCUUUUGCGAAACCGCCAAUUGGUAAUCGACGUUUUGAGCCUCCAGAGCCGGUGGAACCAUGGCUUGGGACUUGGGAUGCUGUACACCGCAUCCAGUGUGCACAGACCAAUCUAACACAAGUAGAUGUUAUUAUUGGUGACGAAGAUUGUCUCUACAUCAAUGUUUAUGUACCGCGUGACCUUCUAGACACUAAGAAAAACCUAGACGUGAUAGUACACAUCCAUGGAGGAGGUUUCAUGUAUGGAAGUGGCCACAUGUACGCGAUGCCUGAUCUCCUAAUAGAAGAAGACGUCGUUUUUGUAACUUUCAACUACCGAGUUGGAAUACUGGGUUUUUUGAGUACUGAAGAUGACGUAGUUCCUGGAAACAACGGCAUGAAAGACCAAGUUCUGGCCUUGAAAUGGGUUCAAAACAAUAUUGCAAGUUUUGGCGGUAACCCCAAGUCAGUAACUCUGACUGGAUUAUCAGCCGGUGGUUCAAGCGUCCACUUGCACUACCUUUCUCCACAGUCCAAAGGCCUGUUCCACCGAGGGUUUUCCCAAAGCGGUGUGGCUCUUAACACCUUUUCGCUACAAAAAGAACCACUAACCAAAACAAAAAUGUUGGCACAAGCAGUUGGAUGUCCGUCUUCGUGCACGAAAGCUAUGGUGAAGUGUUUGAAGCAAAAACCAUACAAACAUCUUCUAGAUGCAUUGAAGUUGUUCUUUGGGUUUGCGGUACUACCUGUAGCCCCAUUUGGGCCCGUAGUGGAGACAGGUCCAGAUUCGUUUCUACCAAAACACCCAUACGACGCUUUAGCUUCUGGAUCAGUCAUUGACGUACCGGUGAUUUUUUCAACUUGUGCCCAUGAAGGAUACAUCCAGCCGCUAUUUCCAGGUGACUUUUUUGACAGCCGUGACGACUGGGAAACUCUGGCCCCGAUUAUUUUGGAUUUCAAUUACACGCUAGACCAAUCGCUAUGGGCUAGUACUGCCAAAAAAAUCAAACAGUACUACUUCGGAGAAAAGAAAAUCAAUGAAGAGGCGAUUUGGGAGUCCACGAAGAUGUUUGGGGACAGAAUUUUUAAUGUAGAUGCUGAAAAAUCGGUCAGAUUACAGGCUAAAGCUGUCACUUCGCCUGUGUAUUAUUACUACUUUUCUUAUCCGGGUGAUGACGAAAACAUGAAGUUUGUUCCGCACGGAGCCGACGGUAAAUACUAUUUUGGGACGAUUUUGGAUCCAAGACCUUUAACUGAUAAUGGAUUAAAAAUGAGAAAAAUUCUCGUGAACAUGUUAAUUUCGUAUGCCAAGACAGGAAUUCCGAAUAUUGAUGGAGUGGACUGGGAGCCAGUGAAAGGUGAUAAAUUAACGUAUUUGGACAUCACUGGACCCAGAAAAGAGGACUUUAUUUUGAAAAGAGUAGACGAACUCACUCCGAUUAAAUUUUGGAAAUCUCUGAAUUUGGCAGAAAACGAAAAUUUGGUGUUUGCCAAAGAUGAACUGUAAUGUAACUAUAGUGUUGUAAUAAGUAUGAUUUUUGGAUUAUUUAAUUUACUAGCUGACCCCGUGAACUUCGUUUCACCUACAAUUUAAUUUCGAAUCUGCAAAACCGAAUGCUUUGAAAUCUUGCAGAUGUUUUAAACAUAUGAUAAGCAUAAUAAAUUUGUAUUCAAAAUA